UUUAACAACAUUUACAACCGUGUAUUUAUAUCCUUAAUGGCGGUUUUUAUGUCUUUGACUGCUUGACUGGCACAACUUAACAUAGCUUGAUCCUGCAGCAUGACUGUGUUUACAUAUACAACAGCAGCUGAGUGGAUUUAAAUGCCACACUUACACGAAGAUGAUGUUUUUGGGGAAAACAGAAUGGAGGGGCUUAAAGCCUUUUCAACAGCCACACGAUAUCGGUUAUGACACAGUAACGUUAGGUGGCAGUACAAACCGUUCAGAAAAGCCCAGUGCGUCGAGUGCCCGAGGCGGCAUUGCUCAGAUUUCAGAUGGCAGCCAUGACCCUGAGAAGACCAUCAUUGCUGACCCCCAUGCCGACAGUGUGGAAGAGGGUCUGGACUCGAGGCCUGAAGGCAACCUUAUCUACUCCAUCAACGAUCGCCCACCCUGGUACCUCUGCAUUCUUCUGGGUUUCCAGCAUUACAUACUGGCGUUUGGUGGCAUCCUGGCAAUUCCUCUCAUUCUCGCCGAGCCGUUGUGCAUCAAAGAGAACAACGUUGCCAAAAGUCAGCUCAUCUCCACCAUCUUCUUUGUCUCGGGCAUGUGCACUUUGCUACAGACCACCCUCGGGACCAGGUUGCCGAUCCUCCAAGGAGGGACGUUUACCUUCAUCACUCCGACUCUAGCUAUCCUCGCCCUUCCCAAGUGGAGAUGCCCAGACACAGGUGCCACCCCUCACCCUAAUGCCACAAAUUCUGCAGCGCUCCUAGCGGAUGAUGAUGAGGUGUGGAAAGUCCGCAUGCGUGAGAUCCAGGGUGCCAUUCUAAUGGCCUCAAUGCUUCAGCUUGUUCUGGGCCUGUCAGGUCUCGUGGGGCUAGUGUUGAGGUUCAUCGGGCCGCUGGCCAUUGCUCCCACCAUCAGCCUUAUAGGACUGUCGCUCUUCAUCCAGGCCGGGCAGAAGUCAGGAGCCCACUGGGGAAUUGCUGCUUUAACCGUUUGCCUGAUCCUUCUCUUCUCCCAGUAUUUGAGCAAAGUAAACCUUCCUCUCAUUGCUUAUAAGGACAAGAAGUGGAAAGUAUUCCAGUACCCUCUCUUCAAACUCUUUUCUGCUUUAUUUGGGAUGUGCGGAGCCUGGCUGGUGUGCUUCCUGCUGACAUAUUUCAAUGCCCUGCCCUCAUCUCCAGAUGAGUAUGGCUACAUGGCCAGGACAGACAUCAAUCUUAAUGCAGUAAAAAGUGCUUCAUGGUUCUACGUGCCUUAUCCAGGACAGUGGGGUUUACCGACUGUGAGUGUGUCGUCUGUGCUGGGCAUGAUGGCUGGAGUAUUGGCUUCAACGAUGGAGUCCAUUGGAGACUAUUAUGCAUGCGCUCGUCUCUCUGGAGCACCUCCACCGCCUAGGCAUGCUAUUAACCGUGGCAUUGCGGUGGAAGGCGUGGGUUGCAUCUUGGCUGCCCUAUGGGGUACUGGUAAUGGCACCACCUCCUACAGUCAGAAUAUCGCCGCUCUGGGAAUUACAAGGGUUGGCAGCAGAUUGGUACUUCAGACUGCUGGGCUUCUUAUGAUCAUCUUGGGACUCUUUGGUAAAUUCAGCGCAGUCUUUAUAACUAUUCCAGACCCGGUCAUCGGUGGAAUGUUUCUUGUCAUGUUUGGGAUGGUAGCAGCAGUGGGAAUUUCCUGUCUGCAGUAUGUGGAUUUGAACUCUUCCAGGAAUCUCUUGAUUCUUGGCUUCUCAACCUUCACUGGUCUUGUGCUCCCAACCUGGUUUCACUCGAACCCAGGCACGAUCAACACAGGCAUAAAAGAGCUGGAUCAGCUCAUAAUGAUUCUCUUCACCACCCACAUGUUCAUUGGUGGAUUCUUUGGGUUUGUUUUGGACAACACAAUACCAGGAACAGAAAAAGAAAGAGGAAUAAAGAAUUGGAGGAAGACGGUUCAUGAAGGAUCUCAAAUACAUGUCACCGAUCAGUCCUGUUACAAUCUGCCUUUCUGCACAAGCUUUAUUCAGAGGUUCAAACUGCUCCACUACCUCCCGUUCCUCCCAUCAGUUAAGUCACAGGAACUGGGAACACAUCUGUAGUACCGGAGCUUCCUGUGGUGAGGCUUGGUUUUUUGAAAGGCACAUUCCUGGAAAUGAAUGUGGGCAACACUCAGGCCUGGCUCCAGGGUUAAACUGAUCGGAAUAGCCACAUAAUUACUGCGAUUUUCCAUGGAAAUCAUACAACCAUUGACAUUUUCAUCUUUUUUUGGAUUAUUAAAGUACAUGCUCUGCUAAA